AGCUAGCUACGGCAGCGCCAUGGAUGGACCUGAAGAGAAAGAUUCCUGUUCCACUGCGACACCUGCGGUCAGCACGCGUUCAAAGAAAAACAAAAAGCAGCGACUGGAUAACGUUAACACUAAACCAACGCUGUCAACAGAGAAACGUGAUGAUACUUCUUCUGGCCUUGCCCCUACUGCAACUGUGCUUCUUAAUAAGGAGAGACAGGAAGUUGCUUUUCUUAAGGAGAAGCUGGAGUGGCAAAAGAUGAGAAUUGAAGAACUGGAAGGAGAGAGGGAUUUCCUCCGAAGUCAGCUAUCAUCUCUGUCAACGCAACCUAAAGACGAACCAUUAAAUGAUAUGUUUAUCAACAAUCCUUCUGAAAACUUGGAUUCAUCUUCCACAUCUUCAUCUGCAUCAUCUGAGUGGUCAUCCUCAUCCUCAUCUUCACCCCCAAAGAAGCAAAAGCGCAAAUUCAAAAACAAGCAUUCAAAAGCCAAGAAAUACAAGAAGGAGGAAAAGAAGUUCCGGCAGCGUGUCCGAACACCAAGUGAGAUUGUGCAGAGAUACAAGUCCCUCCUCAAGACAUUUCCAAAGAUGAAGACCUUGUCCAAAGCUUUUCAGAAGCAUGGGAUUGACAGAAACACAGUUGUGUCCACGGCAUCAGUUGCUGAGCUCGCUAUCGCAGCUCCUCUUGUUUACCAGGAGCUGAUCUCCAACAAGCCCAGUGGAGAGACGGUACUCCAUUUUGCUAAGCGAUGUGAGGAAGAGAUUCAAAGCAAUGAUGAAGUGAAAAACAAAAUAGAAAGCAUGAAGGCUGAUGGUACUUUGCUUCCAAUUCGAAGAGGCAAGUCUGUCUGAAAGCCUACUCAGUUAUCUGACUUGUUCUGUUUCAGCAUAUUUAGCUAUAGAACAGAUGUGUGUGAAACUGGUAAUUUUUUAACGAUCUGUUCAGUUAUGUGUUCAGUUUCCACACAACAAAGAUUUUUCUUGUCAUUUUUGUUUAGAAGGUUUUGUGUGUCCUAAGAGUAACCAAAACAACUGCACUUGUUAAGAUAGAGUAUUGUCUAAUGUUAUAAGGCAGCUUGUUAUACUUUUCAUAGUAAGGCCCCUAGUCUUCAAAAAGUUUACUGGUUAUAAAUAAAUGUUAACUAGUUUCAUACUAAAAAAGUUUCAUUUUACAUUUAAAAAUGUUUAAGAGUCAUUAAUAAACACUGAUAUGUUUUAUACUUUACAAUAAGGCUCCCUUUUGUAAUUAUAAAUGUUUAUUAACUAUUAAUAAAUAAAGACAUAU